AUGGUUCGAUCCCUCAUUCAUCUUCCAGACGAGAUCCUGAAUUCUAUACUAUGCUACUCCUCCCCUCAAUCCUGUGCUGCUGUCGAGCAAACCCACGCGCGAUUUCGAAAUGUGACCAAUGAGCCUCUGCUAUGGCGUCGCUACUGUCAGUCGCAUUAUAACUACUGGGAUGAGCGACACGAGAUGCGCCAGAAGUUUACCAGACCUGUACAAUCAACCGACUGGAAGGCGAUCUUCGUAAACAAAUAUUUGGUUGAUCGUUCCGUCACUCGACUUCUUGACAGUAUUCUCGGAAGCCAGACAGGUCGCAUCGAGAAGUCCCGCUCGGUGGUUGAUUUAGGAUACGAUGCAAAGGAUACCCUCCUACGACAUAGCCGCGUGGAGUCUGGUGAGGAUGUAUUGGCCAGAAGAUACUAUGCGCGCGCUCUAUUGACUUGCCUUCAUCGGAGUAUUGCGGUGCCAGAGUGGGCCAAACUCAGGCGCGGCGAGUCUGUGCAACUUGAAAGAGCCCUCGGAUGCUUUGAUCUCUUUGUGCCGGGGAGUGGAGACGGUGAUUUGAACCAGAUUCAAGAAUCCCUCGGUAGAAUUUUGAGGCGAUUUGCUGCCUCUCGUCCCGACGUUGCUCUUCUUAGCCCUCGGGACAAAGCACUCGCUAUUGCAUCUUGGCUGGGGGCCAACGGUCUCACGGGAAUCGAACCAGGGCGGGAAUAUCAUUCCCUGGAGCAUAACUUCUUGGGCAUGGCCCUCAAUAACACAGGGCACAAUUCCUUGCCAUUGGUUUCCGCCGUGAUCUACUGCUUUGUUGCACGAGGCAAUGGCCUGAAUGCACAGCCAUGUGGAUUUCCAUUUCAUGUCCAUGUCAUAGUAACACCCCAGCCGGGCUUGGACAUGAGUGGCAACCCGUUGGCCGGGGGGACGCAAGGAGAGCCUAUGUACCUGGAUCCAUUUCGAGGAGCUAGAGAAACUCCGGUCUCGGCAUUACGCAGUCAAUUGGCUUUCUUGGGAAUGCCAACCCUGGAUCAAACCACGACAUUGAGCAAAUCUGAUACCUCAGCUGUUGUUUUGCGUUGUGGCAAGAACAUACUGAAUUCUGUGCGGAUUGAAUCGCAGCAGCCAGAGACACCAAUCGCCUUUGUGGAUGUUGUGGGUGCAAAGUACGCCGCGAUCUGGUCCAAGAUGCUGCUGUCCAAUGAAACAAGACCGAUGGACCUGCGUCGUGACUUGCCGCAGCUGAUGGAACUGUUUGCUACCGAGUUUCCCACAGACAUGUUCUUAAUGGAGCAGUACAUCGUGCCUUUAUUUCAGGGACUCCCAGAACACAAUCAUGUUUUGGAGAGCCUGCGUAUAAUGAAGGCUGUGGAUGAGAUCCCCAAAUCAAGGCGAAAGCGCAGUGGUGGUAAUACAAACAUACAAUAUUCGGUGGGUCAAGUAUUUCGUCAUCGUCGCUAUAACUACACGGCUAUCAUCACCGGAUGGGACUCGGAGUGUGGUGCGGGCGAGCAGUGGAUGAUGCGCAUGGGUAUUGACCGAUUAGAGGCUGGCAGACACCAAAGCUUUUAUCAUGUCCUUGUGGAGGAUCGAAGUGUCCGAUACGUGGCAGAGGAAAACAUUGAACCUGUACUGCUUGAUUUUGCCGACCUGCCGAGCAGCUUGACUUCGAUUGCAGGUAAACAUUUCAAGCGUUGGGAUGAACAUAACAUGAGGUUCAUAAGUAAUAUGAGAGACGAAUAUCCCGAUGAUUAG